GUGGGUGGAUGACUGAGAAAGCAAAUACUUUUAGUAGCAAAAACCAUUAAUAACAGUCAGAAAUUAUACAACUGUGAGAUCCAGAGAACCUGAUAAUCGAAACGAAAGAUCAAUAGCACAGGAUUUCGAACGUGUUACAGUGUUAGAAUCCAUAUCAGCCGCCAAACAAUGCAAGGCUUAGUCAUUGUUGUAUAUAUGAACCACGGUCCCCCCUGUCCUGGAGACAUCGGCAAACCCUUAUUAUUAAAAACUGAAGUUGGCUGGACAGAAGCUUAUUAUAUUUCAUUCAUAAACACUGGGAACAAAAUGAGUCCUUGUUGUUUACUGGCAUCACCUGAAGGUCGUGGGUAGGACCUUUGACGCUAAUCUCAAUAGUAAUCACAUGCCUCAAAACGAGCAUAUUGAGCUUCAUCGCAAACGCCAUGGGUAUCGCUUUGACUAUUUUGAAAGAAAGCGGAAAAAAGAGGCUCGUGAACCUCAUGAAAGAAGUCGUAAGGCCAAAAAGCUUCGAGGAUUAAAGGCAAAAAUUGCCAAUAAAGAAAGGUUUAAAGAAAAAGUUCAAAUGAAAAAGACUUUACGUAUGCACGAGUUAAAAGGAAAAAACCAAAAAGUCGAUGAAGCUGGGCGAUCUGGAGAAGUACCUGCAUAUCUUUUAGAUCGUGGUGAACAGAUCUCUGCCAAAGUGUUAUCCAACACAGUUAAGCAGAAAAAAGCUGAGAAAGCGGGAAAAUGGGAGGUGCCAUUACCAAAAGUAAGAAGCGUAUCUGAAGCAGAGGCAUUUAAAGUUGUACGAACUGGAAAGUCUAAACGUAAAGCAUGGAAGCGUUUGGUCACUAAAAUGUGCUUUGUUGGCGAUACAUUCACAAGAAAACCUCCUAAAUUUGAACGUUUUAUUCGUCCAAUGGGUUUACGUGUAAAGAAAGCAAACGUUACUCAUCCAGAACUUAAAACUACUUUCCAGCUUCCUAUAAUUGGAGUGAAGAAAAAUCCAAGUUCACCAAUGUAUACUACUUUAGGUGUAAUAACUAAAGGUACAAUUAUUGAGGUGAACGUCAGCGAUCUUGGUUUGGUCACGCCGAGUGGUAAAGUUGUCUGGGGUAAAUAUGCUCAAGUAACCAAUAAUCCUGAAAACGAAGGUUGUGUAAAUGCAGUUCUUAUUGUAUAGACAGAAACUAAUUUAUUCUAAAGUCUUUUGUUCAGUAUCUAAUAGUUCUACAGCUUGUAUAUCUGGUUUUCAAUUCGUUGCAACGUUAAAGAUUUUAAACUAAAUUUCCUCCUUAAUUUUUUCAGGUAAUAGGUAUAAUUUGGCACAACUGGUCCUGUUUAACUAUCUCAAACAGACUGAGUUUCGUCUGUAGUUUCAGUAAAUCAGAUAGUCAGUAACGACGUAUAACCUCCUACGUAUUUUUAUCCGUUCAAGCUGUCAUACCCCGUUAGGAUAGAGAUCAAAUUGUCAGGCCAAAUCCCAGAAUGGUAGGAAAUAUUGAGAAUCGAAGAUACGGUUCAAGAAAAUGUAAGUUGCUGAAAAAUUCCCAUUAUAUUAAGAACACAAUUGUAUGAACGAAGAAUAUUCUUUUCAAUAAUUUCUCAUCAGGUUCUACAAUUAUCUCAUAUCCAAAUUAAUAAUCCAUAAAA